GAACAGAUAACUAUCAGUCUCAAGUCAGAAGUAUAAAAAUUCUAAAAUGGCGAGUUAUUAAAUGGUGAAGAUGUGAAAACUGAAAACUAUCGUAAUUACAUAUGAAUAACGAUUGGUAUACAAAAACUUGUACUUUUCUUGAUAGAACUCUUAGAUUUCUAUAGUAUAGUGUGAAUUAUAUAUACGUAUUUUAUUUGUUGGUUGACAAGAACUAAUUAAAAUAAUAACGUGUGGUCCACUGGUCAGUAUAAUAAACAACGGGAAACGUUAGAACUCCUAACCAUGAAAUCUAAAAGACGUCACCAUGAUUCAUCUGAAGAGUCUGUAGAAUCUGAUGAAAGUGAAAAAUCAAGUAGUUCGUCGGAUAGUGAAAGCGAUGUUUCCUCUGAGUCAGAACGUCGGCAGAAAAAGAAACGAAAACGAGCCAACUCAUCUAACUCAGACAGUGAUUCUGAGGAUCAAAGGCGAACCAAGAAACGCAAGCAUAAAAAGAAAAAGAAAAAACACACCAAAAAGAAGCGCCGAUCAGAGUCUGAAGAUAAUGUAACCAAUGACCACGUAUCCCUUAGUGAGGGCGAAAUAUCCGUUAAGAAAAGGCACAAGCAUAAACAAAAGCAUUCCAAACAUGCACAAGAGUCUCCUGGCAGUGAAGAAGCAAGACAUAUAGAACGCCGCAUGCACAGCGUGGUUAAGGAGCGCCGUGCUGAUUCAGAAGAACAAAGACCUCCAAGAACUUACUAUCAGAAAGAGUAUCACUCAACUUCUAAUGAAUACGAUAGAGAAGCAGAGGUUGAACGGUUUUACAGAGGCUCGAGUAAGGACCGUAGAGCCCAAUAUCAAGAAAAUUACUAUUAUGAGCAGAACCGACCAGACAGAUAUGUCCAUCAAGAGCGGGUAAGAGAACAAGGACAUGGAAGUCACUACCAAGAAUACAGCCAAAGACCAAGGGAGUAUGACCAGUACAAGAAGGGUCCAAGAAUGAAUGACCAAAGACAAGAUAAUGAUUAUUAUCCUAAAAGAAGAAAUGAUGCUUACCCCAGAGAUGAAAUACGAGGUAACAAGUAUAAUCAGUAUGCUGAGAGAGGACCAAGAAGAAAUGAACAGCCUGAUGAGAGAGACUAUCAUCACAGACGUGGUCCUCCCGAACCUGAGCCAUACAAAGAAAGGCCAUAUCCAGUCAAGCAUGAGAGAUAUAUUGAAGAAGCGCUCCCUCUUGAUAGGAACAGAGAUGGACAUCGUGAACGAUCCAGUAGACCAGAUAAACCUAUGCCACCACGCAGGGAAUAUUCGAGUCCGGAAGAGCGGCCCAGAGAAAAAAGAAGACCAGAAAUUAAAGAAGAGAGACAGAUUAAUUUCCGCGACCGCAAUGAAAGGAGACGAGAAGAUCGUAGCGGGGAUAGAAAUGACAGGGGCAAAGACAGGAAGACUAGGUUUACCGAUGCCGGAGAAAAUAAGGAGUACAGUUGGGGCAAAACGGAAGUUAAAGAUGAAGGCGAUAAACCAGUUGACAAGGAGAAGCCAAAUUUCGGUCUGUCCGGCAAACUGACAGCUGACGUCAACACUGUUAAUGGCGUCGUUGUUAAGUACACGGAGCCAGAUGACGCUAAACAACCUAAACGGCGUUGGAGAUUCUACCCAUUCAAAGGGGACAAAGCACUUCCAAUACUAUACAUACACCGCCAGUCGGCGUUUUUGAUCGGUCGUGAUAAGAAAGUGUGCGAUAUUCCACUUGAGCACCCAUCUAUAAGCAAGCAGCACGCAGCGUUGCAGUACCGAGCGACGCCGUUUACUAGGUCCGAUGGCUCCACGGGACGGAGAGUUAGGCCUUAUGUCAUUGAUCUAGACUCGGCGAACGGCACAUUCGUGAAUAACAAAAAGAUAGAUGGCCGUCGAUACGUAGAGCUUUUAGAGCGUGAUGUCGUUAAGUUUGGGUUCUCUCAACGCGAGUACGUUUUACUCCACGAGAACAGCAAGGAUGAAGGCCAGGAUGAUGACCAGGACGCACCAGUCACUACUGACCUCAUUAAAAGGGAGAAAAGGGCCAAGGAAGAGAUAGUAGCCGACGGUUAGACAAAAUAUGUCAUGUGUCAAUGUCACUUCCAACUAUUUCUAAGUUAUCUGUGCAGUUUCAUCGCAUAGCGACAACUAUGGGUAUCUAUAAAAUAUUUUAAACUAGGUUUAGUUAUAAGAAAGCGCGAGGCUUUAUCUUUUGACAAAUUUAAAAAUUAAUAUACUGUGUCGUAUAUCUUGGUUAUUUUUACUGCAUUUUCUAUUUUUGUUGCGAUUGCAUUAUUGUUUCAUGUAUGUUUCAAAAGAAUAAUGGCAAAUAUUGAAAAAGGUGAGAAUUUCGUUCCAUGCAACUGUCAUAACAAUGGGAGUUUUGAGUGCAGACGAAUAUAUUUCUAAAAUAUACAUACAUAACUAUUUACCUUAGAAAUAAAAAUAAUUGUAUCAAUUUUUUUCACUUUGCGCCUUGAAUUACAAUCACAUUUGAAUAAAUCUAACUUCCAUUCUACCAUUGUUCUUUAUCCAACAUCUUUUGUAUAUGCAAAAUCAUUUCAUUUAUCGAAACGAUCACAGUUUAGUUUAUAAAUAAAACACUUGUUAUUUCAUAUAUCUAUAAUAGCGAUU